AUGAGGUCUAUCCUUCUCUUGGCACAUCUGGUAGGAGCCUUUAUCGCAAUCCACGGCGGGAGCGCUGCUUUACGACGCACUUCGCCCUCAAUGAUGCCGUACGUGGAGCCACAAACUGCUAACGACGCCUCCACCCAGGGAGGAGUGGUUAUCAUGGAUACCGAAGAAGGCGUGUCUCGGCUACCAUUCGUAGAGGUGUAUGGUGGACGUGCAUAUCACUACAAAGAUUCAAAAGGCAAGCACUACCGGCAGAACGACUUCAGGCGGCGGCAAGAAUCACUACAGAAGACGUUGGAAAACCUGCCCGACGCAUACGAAACCAUACGUUACAUUUGA